CGCGACCUUCGCCGGUUGGCCCUGUCUCUAUUAACAGGGGAACGUCAUGGUUCGCUUCACAACAUUCAUGUCUACCCUCGCUUCCUCCACCUCUUCUACAAAUCUAACCCUCCCGACCAUUCCAGACUACUCUGAUGACCUCGAGUGGGUAACAGCCUACCUCGUCCAGCGCAUGCUCAGCGAGUCUAGCUGGGUGUACGCCUGGCUUCUGUGGAUCGUAGUUGGUGUUAUCUUCAUCGCGCUUACCCUCAUGCACUGGGCAGGCUUCCGAGGCGGGUACUUGGGCGCCAUCUGGAGCGGAUGGGCUUUGCGGAGGCGGACAUGGCGGAAGAAACACAGUUUGGCCGUGGCAAUGAAGACUGGCCAACCGCACAGACAACCCGACUCGCUGCCGUCCAACGCGCAAAUCCUCGCUGUCUGCACACUGUUCAUCGGUGCGCUCGUCCUGUCGUUCGUCGGUCCCGACUACCUCGCGCCCGGCGCGCAGCUGUGGAACUACCAUAGCCACCCCAUUGCGUCAAUCCAGAAGCGCGCAUAUGACACCGCGGAUUACACCUUUCUCCAACCGCAGUUCACUAUCCCGAAGGCGUGGUGGACAUCAGGAGGCCGGACAGGCCUCAUUGCAUUCGCACUCUUUCCCCUCACUGUCCUUUUUGCCCUCAAAGCGCCGCCUUUCGCCAUCUUCUCCUCUCGUUUCUUCACGCAGCUUGGGUUUGACAAGCUCGCGUUCCUCCACAGGUGGUGCGGCAUACUUGUCUGGCUCUUAGCUACUCUUCAUACUGCACUUUGGAGCGUUCAGCUGGCCACCGAUCGUCGGCCUAGCACGCACAAGGUGGGCUAUAUUUACGCUUGGAAGUAUGAGAAAUUCAUAUUUGCAUGGGCGGCAUAUGGUUGCUUCACGUUAUUGAUCAUCUGCUCGCUGCCUCCAAUCCGGAGACACCACUACGAGGCCUUUUGGUUCCUGCACGUCCUGUUCGUUCCGCUCACUUUGAUCAUGUCUGCGCUUCACCAUCCUCCGCUCGCUUGGUGGUGCUACGCAGCCCUGGCACUGUGGGUCGGAGAACGGUGCUACCGUUUCACAUGGUGGCUGAACACGAAUGGCUUCUUGGGUGGCAAGCAAGCCUACGAGCCUUAUCUGACGCUGAGAAGGUCCCCUUCGCAGGUUCAGCCCGAGACAGUCCCCAUGCACGCGCUUGACCAACCAGGUGCCGUCGGCAAGCUGCCCACCCUACCGCGCAUUGACCCCACCGCGACAGCGCCCGUUGGUCAUCCGGCGUCCAUGACAGGCUUCGGUUACUCUCCGCCCCCAGGCUACGUACAUGCCGAGCUCAUGCCGGGCAAGACUGUUCGCGUCCGCAUCGUGACGCCAGGAUUCCUCUCGUGGGCGCCCGGCCAGCACUUCCUCGUCAAUAUCCCUGCCGUCUCGCGCUUCACGUCGCAUCCAUUCACAGUCGGCUCUGUCUGCGACAUGCAGGCGCCCCACAGCUCCGCACGCGAGCUUGUUUUCUUCGUUCGUGCCAAGAAGGGAUGGACGAAGGACUUGUGGGACAUGGUCUGCCACCUCACCGCCCGGGGAAUGAAGUAUCCACAGGGCGAGCGGAUUCCUGCUUGCCCGCUCCCUCAGAAGGGCGUUCUCAUGAGGGGGUUUAUUGAUGGACCGUUCGGCUCUGCUUCUCGGGCAAAGUGGGGCGACCACUCGACCGUCCUGCUCAUUGCCGGCGGUUCCGGAGUAAGCUUCACGCUUUCGGUGCUCGAGUACAUAUGCAUGUGUAUGGCGGGCAGGGACGGCAAGGAACUCGGAGGCAGGCCGGGUGGAUAUGGAAAAUCGUGGUUCAAGACGCGGCGAGCCGCACAGGAGAAAAUACGGCUUGACCUUGACGAGGAGGACAUUGCCGACAUCAGCAUGGUGGCAGAGCGUGCGAGGGGAGGGAGGCCGAACUUCCACAAGAUCCUUGUAGAUGAGGUGGAGCAGUCGAAGGGCUCCGUCAUCGUGGGAUGCUGUGGUCCUACGUCUCUUAAUGCUGUUGUUCGCAAGAGCAUAGCAGCGCAGAUCAACCCCGCUCGAAUACGACAAGGGGACUACCGUGGACAGAUAUCACUCGUCGCCGAAGACUUUGGCUAUUGAAACCCUUUGCAUAUUCAUAUCAUACGUACUGUUCUCCUUUUUUACAUGAGAUGUUACCGGACACUAGAAAGACUGUACAAUAUUUGCAAUAUUCGAGGACAUUGGCAUUCAUUCACUCAUUCAUAGCUCACGUUCGUUACGUUAUACUUUGGUAGAUAUCAGCAGUAGACCUGCUAAAUAGACUGUGAUGUU